UGCAGUUCAAACCUAUACUAUACUCCUUCCCAUUCUUCGCCUUCAUUUCACCCCCACACUUUUCCUUCCUUAGAAAACUUAAUUAACAAUGGCAUCCCUCACGCCCGGAGUGCUAAUCAAGCUUCUCCAGACCAUCAAUUCCAGCAGCGUCAAAAUCCGCGGGGAAUACCGGUCCGUCCUGUUGCAGGUCAUCAGCAUCGUGCCCGCCAUUUCAGGCGCCGAGCUCUGGCCCGACCAUGGCUUCUUCAUUAAAGUCUCAGACUCGUCCCAUUCCACCUACGUCACGCUCUCCAGACACGACAACGACCUCAUCCUCAACAACAAGCUCCAGCUGGGGCAGUUGUUCUACGUGGACAGAAUGGAGGCGGGAACGCCCGUCCCGGUUCUGGUCGGGGUUCGGCCCAUUCCGGGGCGGCACCCGUUCUUUGGGAGCCCUAAGGAUUUGAUGCAGAUGAUGGAGGCCUCGGAGGGCCCGGUUGAGAGCGCGGAGAGGGAAGGGGAAGUGAAGAAGGAGAUUAGUGGGAAGAAUUCGAAGAAGAUAGUGAUCAAGGAGGAGAAGGUGGGGGUUGCUUCUAGGUAUAUGCAGGGGGUGUUGACGGCGGCACAGAUGAAGGCAAAAGGGAGUGAUGAGAAUGAGAACAAUGGAGGUGGAGGUCAAGGUGUUGGAGGGUUAAGAGGGAAGCAACAAGAAAUCAAAGUUCAGGCGCGCCCAACAACUCCCUCUGCACGCUCUGACGCAGUACUCACUUCUAAUUCAACAAUCAAUGGUGUCAGCAGCAAGACAGUUCCUAAGAUUCCAACUCCCAAACGUACAAAUAAACAAGAAAAUGUUGACGUCAAUUUCAUGUCUAACAACAGACAAAACAUUCUGUCUUCUGACCCAAUUUCCUGGUCAUCUCUACCACCCAAUCUUGUAAAACCUGGAAAGGGAAUGCUUAGAAUGAAGAAGUUAUCUUCUCUGAUAGCAGCAGAAGCUCAGGCAGAAGCCAUGGCAGCAAAGAAUGUCCUGCAAUGCCUCAGUAUGUUUGCUGAUCUCUGCUCAUCUGCAUCACCAGAGAACCCCCAUCUCUCCAUGACCAAAUUCUUCGCCCUCCACGACCUCAUCGAACAACCAAAAAUAGCAGCAAAAAAGGAGCAGCGCGUACUAGACGACUACUGCCUGACAAAACUGUCUGUCACAGACAAUGAAAAACACAACAAGAAGACAGAUUCCAAUCUCAGCAAAGGAAAACUGAAGCCCUCGAAACCUCCCCUCGAGCUAGGAGUCACAGAAAAGCAGGAAUGGGCAAGAGGGGAUGGCCUAAAAGCCACCAAGGACCUAAGGGAAUCUCUGUCAAAUGAAUCACACCUCUGGUUCCUCAAAUUCUUGGGUGCAGCACUUGAUGUCGGGUUUCAGGUGAACAACAAUAACAAUAACAACAACAACAAGGAGAAUAAGAGCAAGGGACGCCAAGAAGAGGUGAUAACGGGGGGCAACCAUAUCGCCCUUACACUUUCACUGCUCAAGCAGGCAAAUGAAUGGCUGGACAAGGUGAUGAUGAGAGGCAAUUUGGGCUCAGAAAUGCAUGGCUUUGUUGAGAGGCUGAAGCAGAAGGUUUAUGCUUGCUUGCUUGUUCAUGUUGAUUCUGCUGCAUCAGCCCUUGACACCAGAUCUCACCACAAGUGAUUCCUAUCUUUAAUUUGCUAAAACUCGAAGAAUGGCAAGUGUAAUUGUGAUUAUUUCCAUGGUUACUUGUAGUAAUUUAUGAAUGCAACUAUUUAUUUCUGACUUAAUUUCUGAUGGGGAGUUCAGAAUCUGCAGAAAGAACAUCCAUCCACUUUUCUUGCUGCUGUUUCAAUACAAAUCCCAUUUCCUAAAACAUUUUUUAUUUUAGUAUAUACACUUGUACCCUUUAAAGAACAAACAUUGAUCAGAAUCAGCAAUAAUUGAUGGGAGUUCUAA